GAGCUGUUUCUGUGUCUCCCUGAGUUUCCUCUUGCUCGCUGCUGCUUCCCAGGCCACCUUUUGGGGCCGUCCCCUCGCUGUGACACUGGGACAGCUGUCACCGUGCCAGUUCAGCCGUGCUGGGGAUGAUUUUGCUGCGUGGCUGUGACAUCCUUCCUUUCCUCUGGGCCUUUGUUCCUGUGUGGGGGCCUGACAAGGCUUUUUAUUCAGCCCAUCUGCAGAAGUCAUCAGGCUGCAGAUGCUGCUGCAACAAAUGGAGGUGAAAGAUUAUUGGAGAGUAUUUGGUGUUGAGUCAAAGCACAGGAAAUCUGCCAGAAGACCUCGAAGGAGGGGUUUAGGGCAGGCCUAACACCCCACAUCCCGCCUUUGCUCCCUUCCCGGCGCGUGGAGAGGGGUUCUUUUGGAGCACAGAGGGUGAAUAUUUGGAUUUAUUGUGCCACAGGCAGUGCAGCUGCUGCCCACGGGGGAGACCGUGCCACUUCCUAAACUCCUCGGUGCCAGCCCUUCUUGCACCCUCGCAUUCCCAGGAAAAGCCGAGCCUCCGGGCUCUGUAAUCCCAUGGAUCGCACCGAGCUGCCAGUGCCACAGGGAAGUCACCAGAAAAGAGACAAAUUCCCAAAUCCUGGCUUUUCAGGAUAAACUCAAGGCUUUGCAAAGCCCAGGCCUCCAGCAGAGCUGCAGCAGCAGGAGGAGGCUCAGGUUUGCUGUGCUCGUGCCUGGAGCCGCGCAGCCGAACCCUGCCAGCUCCUGCUGAACUCCGAGGGUCAUCCGUAGGCGUCGGAGAAGAUCUCAAGACAAUAAUAGUGCUCUAUUUUAGCUCCCUCAUUACAAAGCAGAGCUGCCCUCUGCCUCUAGCAACUAUUUUUUCCUCCUGCUCACAUGGUGCAGGAGGGGAAAGGCUCUUGCCUCUCUGCCUCAUUCCCUUUUCCAGUGAGGCCUUUUCCUUUCUCCUCGGGCUCUUAGGAGGAAAAAGAGCCUUCAGCAAAAGGAUGUUUUGCAGUGGUGUGUUUGUAAUUAUUGGUGUGUUCAUCGUGGAGGAGAAGCAGUGGGGCUUAGGAGGGGUUUUGUGCUGGUGGGGAGCUGUGAGAGGAGGAGUUGGGGCCUUUUGAGGAAAUUUGAAACGUUGAAAUGCUGUUUACAGAUCAUCAGAGAACAUUUCACCCUCAGUAAUGUAGGGUAGGAGUGGGACAGGGGGUUCUUGAGCCACUUCUCAUCCCUGUGGUGCCAAAGGAAGGGCUCAGGACAGGCAGCAGCUUCCUCCUGCCCCAGGGGCUGCAGAAAGAAAAGCCUUUUCCCCACUUUUGGUGGUUCUCAGGCAAAGAGAAGUGCUCGGCUCACCUGUGCUGGUUUUAAUUUUGCAUCUUGUGUGAUGUUUUUUUAUAUUCUUCUUCUUCCUGAAGAAACAGCAUUUUUUUGGAUGUAUUCUCAUGCUGUAUCAAAGCAACUUGGGUACUAAAGCUAAAUGAGAUGUGUUAGUUCAUAACACAACAUUGUCUCCUAAUACACAUUGGACUUUCCCAGGUAACAGCUUGCUCCUGGACUCUGAAGGGGUAAAAUCCACCUGUGAUCCCACUGCUUUGACCAAGGUUGUUUUCUGGCCUUCCCUUUGUAUAAAAUCUCCAGAAAAACUCCAUAUUCCCCAUUUCUUUGAGGUUUCCAUGAGGUUGCACUGCAGGCUCUCCAUCAUUGCCUGGGGAUGAACGCAGUGGAUAUUUAAUAAAGAGGAAUAUUCAUUCUGUUAUACCCAGUAAAACCCCUCCAGGAACAAUCCCAGAGUACUCUCAGCUCCUGUUCUGUGACAGCCAGGGAAUAAGGGAGACCUCUCCACCCUUUUAGUGUUUCUUAGACAAGGCUUUUUCAGGCUGGGGCUGUGCAAUGUGUCCUCCAAGUGACGGACAGAAUCGUGACGUGCCUGAAGCUGCAAAUGCCAGAAACAUCAGGAGGAACUUGAUCAAAAUUGCACUCCAGUACAGUCUGUAACUCUGCCCCUGGCAGGAGGAUCCUUCCAGCUGGAAAACAGCAGGAUUUGAGCAGCGUGAACUCUUUAACAACUUUGGUAAACGCUCCUCAGAACAACUUAGCUCAUCUCUGGGAAAGGUGUUUGUUUUGUUUUUUAAUCUCUGGUCUCUUCCAUCAUUUUGGCCACUCUGCGUGUGCUGUUUUACAGAACUUCGUGCUGCUCUGGCAGCUCUGUGCAUCUCCAGCUGCAUUCCAGCCCAGCUGUGAGCUGGGCAGCAACGCUUGGCUUUGGUCAGCUUGGGAUUAACAGCAAGGUGGGACUGCCUAAAGGGAGGCAGCUUCAUGAAAGAACACCAGUUAAAUUCUGGGAUGAAAGCUCUCUGCUAUGGACAGUGCCAUCACCCUGUGGCAGUUCCUCCUCCAGCUGCUCCAAGAGCCCCAGAACAAGAAUAUCAUCUGCUGGACCUCCAACGACGGCGAGUUCAAGCUGCUGCAGGCAGAGGAGGUGGCCAGGCUCUGGGGGAUCCGCAAGAACAAGCCCAGCAUGAACUAUGAUAAACUCAGCCGGGCGCUGCGCUACUACUACGUGAAGAAUAUCAUUAAGAAGGUGAAUGGGAAGAAGUUUGUGUACAAGUUCGUGUCGUACCCGGAGAUCCUGAACAUGGAUCCGCUCGUCGUGGGCCGGAUCGAGGGAGACCCCGAAAUGCCCGGCUUUGGGGAGGUGACCAGCGCUCCCAAGGACGUGGAAAACUGUGGGAAGGAGAAAUCCCAGUCCUGUGCUAAGUCCUCCAGCCGCAACGACUACAUCCACUCAGGCCUGUACUCCUCCUUCACCCUCAACUCCCUCAACUCCUCCAGCGUGAAGCUCUUCAGGUCCAUCAAGAUCGAGAACCCGGCCGAGAAGCUGGCGGAGAAGAAACCUCAGGACCCCACCCCCUCUGUCAUCAAGUUUGUCACCAUGCCCUCCAAAAAGCCUCCCUCUGCCCCCCUGGUCUCCACCACUUCAGCAGUGGCUGUCACUUCCACGGCUUCUGCCACCCCCACCGUGUCCGCCUCGCUUCCCCUGGGCUCGGAGGAGACUCUGCAGACCCUGGAGACGCUCGUCCUGCCCAAGCUGACCGUCCCCGAAGCUCCUCCAGCACCUUUGCCAAACUUGAGCACCAGCUUCACCCCGACCCCCCCCAUGUCCUCAGUCUCUCCCACCCUCCAGGUCCCCUCCACGCCCCCCUCGCCGCCCCUGAGCUCCAACCCCGACCUGGACAUUGACACGGACAUCGAAUCCGUGGCUUCCCAGCAGCUGGAGCAGGCCCAGAGCCUCCAGCACCAAUCCCCAGAGCCCAAAGAGCAGCAGGAUUCAGCUGUGCUGGAGAAGGAAUUUGCCAAUCACCUCUCCAGAUCUAAAAAACCCAAAGGGCUGGAGUUGGCUCCCACUCUGGUCAUCACAGGCAGCGAUCCAAGUCCUCUGGGCAUCCUGAGUCCUUCUCUCCCAACUGCUUCUCUUACUCCAGCACUUUUCUCUCAGACUCCCAUCCUGCUGACUCCCAGCCCUCUGCUCUCCAGCAUCCACUUCUGGAGCACCCUGAGCCCGGUGGCUCCUCUCAGCCCUGCCAGGUUGCAAGGUGCUAACACCCUCUUCCAGUUUCCAUCAGUGCUGAACAGUCACGGCCCAUUUACCCUGUCUGGACUGGAUGGACCCUCCACCCCCGGCCCCUUUUCCCCCGAUCUCCAGAAGACAUAGCACAUGGAAUUGCUGGGAAAGGACACAGUGGCAAGCAAGGCAAAGAUAGGACACUUCUGUUGAACCACCUUUUUUAAAAACGACCAGUUUGUAAUUCCACAGAGGUUCUCAACGAUCGUAGUUGUUGCCAUUCCCGAAUCAAAAAAUGCCUUUUUUUUGCAAAAAUCCCCCCCCUUUUUUUGGAAGAACCCAGGUUGGGAAUGUAUAUGCAAACGCCUUAAUAGGAGCUGCAGCUCCAGUCUCUUCUCCUCCUUGGUUUGGAAGAUCUUCCCCGUGUCCAAAAGGAAUUUUGGGUGGUGUUGCAGCACCUGAGUCUGCACUGACUGCAGCAAACAGCACCAGAGGAGGCUUUUCUCUGUGACUCUUGGAAAAAAAACAAAAACAAAACCCUCUGUUCUUCUGCUUCCUGUGCUUGGCAAGGAGAACCCCGAAUCCUGAUGGAAGCUGGCAUUCCAGGAAAUGCUUGGGAAAGGGGUGUGUGCUCUCAGCUCCGCCCCGCGGGCACCACAACUCGUGCAGUGACAAAAGCAGCCGAGGCUUUUCUGCUGGCGUUGUCUUUUCUUCUUCUUUUAUUAUUUUUUUCUUUCAGGGAGACAUUUUUCCAAGGAUUUUAUUUCAAAUUUGUGUGCAGGACAAUUUUGUGGAGCGGUGGCGUGGCCCAACAGCCCCUGGGAGAAGAGGUGGGGCUGGAUUUUGGAUGCUCCCCUGCCUUCCCUCCCUUUUCCAUGAACGGUGGGAUGAGCUCCUUUCGCUUCUCACAGAGUUUGAAUGCUGGAGUCCAAACAUUUCUUGUGCCAGAGACCUCUUCCAGAGCCUGGGACCUCCCUGCUGGAUGAGCAGGAUGGGGGGGUUUUCCCUGUGCUUUUGGGGGGAGGUUGCUGCCUGACCUGGAAUUCCAGACCCCAGCGGGGUGAGAACAGCAACGUCCCAGCGUUAAUGUCGCUCCUCUUUCCCCACAGUUGUGGAAAAGCUUCCUGCUUUUCCCCACAUGGAGAAGCUCCUCUUUUGCCAGCUCUUAUCCCAAGUUUUGCAGUGGAGCUGUUGCUUUUUUUUUUUUGGUUUUGUUUUUUGGAGGGAGUACUGACCCCAGGUCAGGCUGAGGGAAGGUUCCACGGGGCAUCAACCGUGUGGUAAAUCUGCUCUCACCUCCUCGGUGUCCUGGAUUAACAAUGCAGGAUUGCUUUCCAGAGCCAUUGGAGACGAGAUGGAAUUUGGAGGUGGAUUUUUACACCUCAGGAGGCCUUUUAAGAGAACUGAGGAGUGAAAGGAGUGAGAGAUUCUCCUCUCUCAGCCCCUCAGUCUGGGUGUGUUGGGCCCUGGGUCUGUGUGUCCCUCUCAUUUGGGCAUCAGAUGUCAGGCAGCAACUUCUGGGUUUGAGUUGGGGGUGUCAGAGGAUCUUCUCCAUAAAAUAUUCCCAGAAAACAGAUGGAGACAUCUCUUUCCUUCAGCAUCCUCCGAGCUGCCAUGAGCAGAGGAAGAUUUUUCCCUCUCCAGCACGAGGAGCUGACAGUGUUUGCUGUACAUACUGCACCUAUUCCAUGGAUAAGUGGUGAACUCGAGCUUUUCCAGAGUUUUUCCUUUUGCCACAUUUGCAGGCUUGGAAUUCCCUUUAAAGCCACAACACCCAAGACUUUUCUUUCCCUGCAGUGAUGUUACCUUGCUAUAGCUGACACUGAGAUACAGAAAAACCACUUUUGUGUGUUCCCGACGUGACACCUGGGACAGGUGGGUGGAACAGAGUUGCUUUUUUGGGCAUUGUUCACCUGCCCGGGGGGAAAUGGGAGAAAAAGAAUAUUUCCUUUUUCAGGUGGAGAAGCAGGGAGUGAGCUCAUGGAGUGACCUUGUCUCCCUGUUGGGUCCUGGCAAAGGCAAAAAUGUUUCACAUUUAGACAUCAGCAGCUGCAGGAGGAAAUUCCUGCGCCAGCAGCUCUUAAAAUGUGCAAUAUUGACCUUUUUUUUAAAAAAAAAAUUUAUUUUUAUUUUUGAAAUGCAGAAAUGAAGCUGCAGAUGAUCACGAAGAGCAGGCAUCUGGAAUUUUUUUUUUUUGGUUUGCAUGUUCAGAGCCUGCUCUGGGAAAUUUCUAUGGCUAUGUAUAAAUAGCAGCACUUUGGUUGGUUUAGGUUGGCCGAUUUUACGCCUACCAAAUACGUGGACUUUGGAGAGAGCCACAUUUGCAGGCUGGGAUUCGAAUUGAAAAUUCAUCAAUGAGCACUAAAAACUUGCAAUUUAAUUGCUUCCCUUCCCCCUUGUCCCCCUGUGGAGAAAAGCCAAGUUUAGCUGUUGAAAAGUGAAAAUUUGUGCACUUAAUUCUUCGUGAACUUUUUAUCACUUUGGGCAGAGGGUCAGACCCAAAAAAUGCUAUUUCUGGGCUCCUGCUGCUCUCCAAGAAGCUUCCCCAAGAUUGCUCUGUCACAGCUGGCUGAGACUGAGGUUUUCCUUUGGGAAUGCCGAGUUCCUAUGGAAGCACAGCCUGGAUGGGAUGGUUUCCAUCAGGUAAAACCCAGCAGGCAGAGCAGGAACGGGAUUGCUUUGGCUUCUUAAGGAAAAAAUCCGAGUCCACAUAGGAUGAUAACCUCAGGAGGCAGCUGGGAAAGCUCAUGGAAAAGGGAGAGGUGGGAGAGGAGCAGCUUUCGCUGCCUUUUCUCCGCUGCAAUUUUCAGGUCACUUAAGGGAAUAUUCCUUGUCCGUGUGCUGCCUCGUCAGCCACAUUCACUGACAGGUAACUGCCAGCUUUUCCUCGGAUCACAUUCCUGGCAGAGCCUCCCUGGGGGCUCGCUUCUGUGAACUGCUGGUUCUGUAGGUCGCUUCAGGAGCAGUUUGUGCAGCUCCUCGCAACUUGUUUUUAAUUUAGCGUAGGGCAGGUGGGCUUAGAGUAGAUUCUGUUUUAGUUCUGUACCGUGGUGAUUUUAAAACAAAUGAAAUAAUGCAGCAUUACAGAAACUUUUUUCUUAGGUUCUUGUUGCUGGAGUAGCCUUGGUUUUGUGGAAUGCUUGGCAAUUUUUGCGUCAGUUCUUUCCUGGCUGUCUUGGGUUCCAUGGAAGGUCGAAGCAUUUGGCACAGAACAAAAGAGUUCGUUAGAGCACAAACAAGAAACCGGUGACAGGGAAAUGCAGCCUUGCCUCUCGGAAGAAUGUCCAGUGGGAUGCUGAAUGCUGAGGACAGGGCUCCUUGCAGGGAGAGAGGCCAUUCCUCGGGGCUCUGGCAGCGGGGGGUGUUCGUGGGUCACUCCAGGAGCUCUCUCUCCUACAUGUCCUGGAUGCUCCACUUGUGGGUGAGUUCCUGCAUCGCCUUCAUGUUGGCACUGCGGGCAGAGCGCUGCUGCUCGAGCCCGUUGGACCUGUCCACGCCGUCCCAGCGGUGCCCAGGCCAGAUGUUGAACCUGUUGAGGGGAGGUGCUGGUCCCUUGUACCUGGGUUUCUCUUUUUCCUUCUUCUCCUUGGCCUUCCUUUUCUUGAUGAGAGCAGCCAUGGGGUCUCCUUCCCUCUCCUGUUCCCUCAGCAUUCGAUCCAGCUCCUGGUCAUCGAUGUAACGGGCCAAGGGCUUCUGCAUCUCCUUGAUUGCAUCGUCCACAUUCUGCUGCUGCUGCAGCCUCUCCUGUGCCAGCCCUUUUCCCCACCUGGCAUAUUGCUUUUCUCUCUUGGGCUCUGCUUCAGCCUUCAGCCUCUGCUCCAGCUGCUCCUGGGCCAGGUUCCUCUUGCGGCCCGACUUGUCUCGGAACACGGUCUGAGCGUUCCGGGAUUCCUCCUCCAGCUGCUUGGUGCUCCUCUCGUGCCUCUGGAGCUCCUGCUUCUCCCUCUGCCGCACAUCAGCCGACAGCAACCCAGCUUUGGCCCUGGAUGACCUCGUGUGAGCCUUCUUGGGAGAUCCCUCAGCGUCCCAGCGACGCGGGCAGUGCUCCGGGGGACUCCGUGACCUGUGCUGGGCCUUCCCGGCGGGCAGAGUCCGUCCUUUCCUUCGGCUCCUUUUCCCACUUGGGUACCCCGGCUUCUCUCUCUGAGGUGACAAAUCCUGACGUUGCCACCGGGGAGGGGAUGGCUCAGGGGUGUCAUGACGCUGCUGCUGCCUGGGAGGUGACAGCUCUGGGGUGCCAGGACGUCGUCUCCUGGCAGGGGAUGGCUCAGGGGUGUCGUGACGCUGCCAUCUCAGGGCACAGAGCUCCAAGGAGCCGUUGUGUUUCCCUCCCGGGGCCGAGGGCUCGGGGGAAUUGUGGCGCUGCUGCCUCAUGGCAGACCUGGCAGGUCCCGAAAUAUCCGAACUCUGCGAAUCUUCGUUCUGGUCUCCUAAAAGUUUCCAUUUGGAGUUCGUUGGGAAUUCCUCCACGAGCUUCACUUCAUCAGGGCGUUCAUCAAUGAACUCUGCCACCACGGGCACGUCUUCUUCAUCCUCCUCCACUUCCUCGAGGGCAGCGGCGAUGCCGCUCCAGCUCACGUUGUCAUCCCUGCUCCGCAUCCCGAUGGUAGAGCUCACUCAGUAGAGCACAGAACUCUCAAUCCCCGGCUUGUGGGUUCGAGCCCCACGCUGAGCACCAAAAUUCGUGCUAGUCUGGAAACAAAGCAGCGCAGGAAUUAACCCCAGGUGAAUUUAUCACCAGAGGGUCCAAGCCAGAGCUACAAUUUAACAGGAAAGAUUAAAAGCGAGGCAAUGAUACAGAAACAGCAGCUUAAACUGACAGAGUCAGCAUCCAGCCUGGCACCCUGGUGGGUGUCCCGGUAAAUGGUGGCUGCAGUCCCGUUGGAGUGAUGGACGUGGCCUUGUUGAAGUGGUGAUCCCACAGGAAAGUCUGGGCUGUCCCUGGAGGUCCAGGGGUGCUUCUCGAGCUCUUCUCCUCUGGGAAUCCAGUGGAAGAAGUGCCCCGGUGUUCCAGGCCUCGGCUUAUAUCCAGGUAGGAACGUGCAGUUCCUCCCCUCUGGGUGGGGCGUCUCUCAAUGGGAUGAUGGAAUUCCGUGAGUCAUUCCAGGAGAUCUGAUGGCCCGUUAGCGGAGAUGGCCCCGCCGAGGGUGUUAUCAGGUGUUAUCAGGGGUUAUCAGGGGUUAUCGGGUGUUAUCAGGGCUGAGUCACCUUUUCUCACCACCUCAGGGAGGUGGGAAUAGAAUCCACACUUCGGGUCACACCUUCCAUGGAACCCAAGACGCAGCUGCUGGUGGGAUUUGGGGCGCAUGGAAGCUGAACUCGUGUCUUGCUUCUGGGAAUCUUUUUUUCCAUGGCCCUACUGCAGGGUUGGGGAGCUGCUGCCGCUGCCUGCGCCGUGCCUGGCUCCGUUUGGGAUCCUGGAUUUUCAGGAUUCCUGGCAGGAGCAGCCCAUGGAAGCAGAAGAGUGGCCUAUGGUUAUGGAACCGUCUGUGUUCUGUCCUUCCUGGGAAGGUGAUCCUGGUAAGAAGAGGGCGAUGCAGGAGAUUUGGGGCUUUUUUAGCAGCAGCUUUAGGUUUAGAGCCUUGUUCCGGGCCUGUCCUCAGCGGGGGAUGCAAUCCCUGUGCCCUGAUUUUGACACAUUCAAGCUCUGUUUUGCAAUAGGUCAGGAAGGGAUAAAAUUCCUGGAGUUGGACAGUUCCUUGUUUUCACUUGGGGCAUCCCAAGGCUUCAGUAUCCAUGCAAUCUCUGGGGUAAUGGAGUGGUGUGUGCAAACAGAAAGGCACUGGUUGGGAUAAUUUCUCCCUCUGAUGCAUUUUCAAACCUCAGCUGUCUCACAAAUGGAUCAUUUUGGGUUUUUAAUGUUCAUUCUAAGGGCAGUGAAGCUGCUGAGGUGCAGAUCUCCCUUCUCCCCCUUCCCCCAGCCCAGGGAGCUGCAUCCCUCUGGGAUUCCCUGGGAUGGGAAUGUAGGGCCCUGAUCCCCUCCUGGAGCUUUUCCUCGAACUGAGAUCAGAACCUGCAGCUCUGCCCUUCCCUUGUCUCCCGUGGUUUAUUCAUUAUCUUUUAGUUUCCUUUUUUUGCUCCUGUUUUAUACAGCAGGUUUUGAUGUAUUCUGCAAUUUAAUCUCCAUUUUUAAGGCAGAUUUGUUUACAGGCAUCUCAGUGUUGUAUCAAGAGGCUCUCUUGGCAUUGUCAGCUCUGGAAAUCAACCUCAGCAGUGGGACAGGGAAUGUUGUUAAAAUCAACAAACUUGACGUUUGAGUUUUGGGUGACAGUUUUGGUCUGUUUCCUUCAUCAGUUCUGUGUGAGGAACAGAACCUGGAUCUGGAAGAGCAGAAAUGGGGGGGGGGGGGGGAAAAAAGACCUUUUGGCCUCUGAGGUGGUGGGGAUGGGGUUAUUUUGUCUUCAAAAUCACAGAGUGGGGUGUUGCCAGCAGCCCCUGGGGUCUCCCACUUGGCAGAGGAGCCCAGAAUCCAUGAGGAUUCACUCAGGAGCUCUCCGGGAUGUUUGAUGAGGUGUUUAUGGCUUGGUUUGGAGUUGAUUAAGCAGCAAUUAGCAGGGGCGGGGGAGCGUGAGCAGAUCUGUGAAUGGGGCAGCCUUUGGCCAUCCAGGGCAGUGGGAUCAGAGCUGGAGCUGCUGGGAUCAGAGCUGGCAGGGGAAGACUGGAGGAUAAAGUGCAGGGACAGUUCCAUGCGGCUCUCCAGGAUGUCCCUUUGCCUUGGAUCAGCAUUUUUGGGCAGGGAAUUCCACCGGGAGUGAGUGGUGCUGACCGGGGAGGUGAGAGGUGGCUCUGGACAGCAAAAAAUCCUUGGAAAUGGAACCAAAUCUUCUUCCAGAGCCUGGUUUGAGUCAGGAGGGCACCACAGAGGAGCUACAAAGUCACAGCAGUGAGGGCAGCGCUGCCCGUUCCUGCGGGAAUUCCCUGACGGACUCGGAGCCGUCUCCAGCAGAAAGGUGAAAUUUGGGGUUUGGCGUCAGUGGAUCCUGAAGUGAGGGCUGUUAUUCCUGCCUUUAUGCCAGGAACAAGCAGGAAUCAGGAGAAUGUGUUCCCUGCAGAUGGUUUUCCUGGCUGACCAGAACCACAGGUGGGCAGGGCCCUGUUUCUCCUUGGAUGUUCCAAUAUUUCCCUGCUGGAAUAGCAAAAUGUCUGCUUCCUGUGAAUUCUUUUGGAACAAAACCACCCUAAAACCGGCUCAAAUUGAAUUUUGUUUCCCCCUCCCAAAGAAAGCAGCAAGAUUCUGCCUGUGGAGCUGUUCCAGGCCCUGAUGAGAAGCACACUCCGAGAGCUGAAAUUGUGGUUUUUUAGAUUCCUCGGUGUUGAAGCGUGGCUGGAACAGCUCUGCCUGGAGCACACGUGGGUCAUGCCUGGUAGGAGGUGUUCCCAAAAAUCCAUAUAAAUAUCCCCAUCCUCCCUCAGAGCAGAUUCUGCGCUGUGCAGUCGCCACUUUGAGAUGUUUUGCACUCCCUGGUGAGGUUUUUUUGGGGCUUUUUCUUCCCUUUUAGCACUCAGAUCAAUCCUGCCCCACUCUGAGUUGCCAAAGGUUAUUUUUUGACAUUGUUGGAUGCCACAUCUCCUGAAAAAAAAAAAAAAAAGUGUCUUAAACGUGGUUUUGAGUAGUUUUGUGUUUGAUGGGCUUGAUUUAAAAGACUUCUCUGCUGAGGUUGUGUUGCAGGAGGUUUUCAUCUCAAAGCAGGGCUGCAACAGGAGAGUCCUGAGCCUUUGGAAAACAGGGAUCUGAGUGGAGACAGCGAGGAGAGGCUGGAGGUGACUCCAGAGCCCAUUUCAGCCCUUGAGCAGUCCCUGCAGCAGUGCUGUACCAAUAACUGGAAGCUGUUGUUGUUCAUUUCUAUUUUUAUUUUCCUUCUGGGUUAUUUUUUCCGUGUUUUUCGGAACACAGGAAGGCUCUGAGGGUGGCCUGUGCAUGGUUCCUGGGGUGUGCUGUGUGCUGGGGUGGGGGGUUCCAAUAUUCCAAUCCCUGGCUUUGCUCUGAGUUCCUUGGGAUGUGUUGUGGGGUUGGUUUUUUAUUUUUCCCUAGCAUGUCCUGAACCCUCCAAGCUUUGAAACUGCUUCCUAGAAUUCCUAGAAUCGUGUUGACUUUUUUGUUGUUGUUGUUUUUAUUUUGUUCUGCUGUUGUUCAGUUGCACAGAGUUUUUCUAUAGAAAAUCUACUUUCGAAACGUUUCGUUCUCUGUGAACAGGGUUGAGAUUUAUUCCUCGUAGUUUGGAAAAAAACCCCUAAAAUUCCCUUUUCCAACUUGUUUUGUAGCCUGUUGCAGUGUUACCAGAUGGCCUUACGUACGUCACAGUGCUUUGUGAUGGGUACAGUAGCACAUUUAAUGCUUAUUCCCCUCUGUUUUUAGAGCUGAGAAGUUGAUUUGGAAAUAAUCAAGCUGGGAAAAAAAAAUUUUUAAAGGGGGAAAUUCUAGGGAAACACAGCGGUUGUGUCCCCUAAAGGAGAUCAGGGCAGCUGGAAUUAAUCUGGGAGUGAGUCCUGGGAGGCCAGAAUCCUGGGAAUCAGCACAGAUCCAGCAGCAGCUGCUCCAGAUUCCCUGGGCUGGGCAGUUUCUUGUGUCUUGGAGGGAUUUAAAUCAAUUUUUAGCAACUCCAGCACCCCCACCCAGCUGUGGUGCCGUGUGCCAGCGUUGUCCUGUUCAUUCCUGAAGUGCACAUCUGUUUUGGGAAGGCAGUUUUGGUGUGGAUUCCUUGCUGGAAUUUUCAGGCUGAGCUGGGCUCUCGGCAGUUUUUUUUGGGAGCUGGGAGCAGAUCCCUCCCUCUGGAACUCUGGGCUGGAGCCAGUUUUACCUUCCUGGGGUUUUCAGAACAAUCAGUGGUGGAAACUCCCCCGAAAGCAGCAGAGGGGGAACAUUUCCAGUGGCUCUUUCCAGAACAGAGUUGCAUUUUUCUUUUCUCUAUAAAUAUAUAUAUAUAGUACAAAUUCAAGAGGCAAAGUUAUGUUGUAGUGAGUGUCUGAAACUUCCUACACUGGAGACUUUUCUGGACAAGACAACUGUAAAAGUCACCCCUUGUUCCAGCCGGGUGACCCUGCCUGGGACAGAAUUGCUUCUCAGUCUAACUUUUUAUUUUUAAAUACCUUAUUAAGAGUAUCUUAAUGCCAUUGUGUUAAAAAAAAAUGCUGGUAUGUAAUGCAAGUACAUAAAUAGCCAAAGUUUUCAGUAAUUGUUCAGUGUUACUAAAUUUUGCUUUUAUUUAACCUUCCAGGAUAACAUUUAGGAAGACCUUCAGUGUGUUAAAUUAUCCUGAAAAUGAAAAGUCUGAGCAACUGGAUUAGGGCAGGGAUGGAGUUGUUUGAGCACAUUUCAGGUUUGAAUUCAAGUGAGAGGCAAAGUUUUUAAAGAUGCAAAACUUCCUUUGCACUGUCCUGACACUUGGAAGUGACAAACGCUGCUUCGGCAGAGGCUCUUUGGGAAUUGUUAUUCAAACAUCGUGAAGGUCUUUCCUGAGAAAUCAGGUGACUUUUUUCUAUUGCUUCGAUUUUUGUGCAAAAAAAAAAAAAAAAAAAAACAAAAAACCAGACAAAAAAACCAAAACAAACCAACAAAAAACCUAAAAAUAAAAAUCAAUGUAUUGCAAUCUUUUUUUUAAAAAACAAUGGGGUGGGAAUAGUUAAAGAAAACUAUUUUAUGUAAGAACUGACAGAGGGAUUUUGCUUUGUAUAAUGCAAGCUGGCUUUAAAAAAGCAUUGUAGCAAAUUAUUCAAGUCAAUCAUAUGUUAAUAGUUAUGUGCAACCAGACAUGCAAAACAAUUGUAUUUUUUUAAAUAAAUAUUUUUAACAAAG